AUGUCACAAAAGAAAGCCAUCAAGGAUGUACUUCGAUUUAUGAAUAUGGAACAGUGCAACUCCGUCUCCACACCAAUGGAUAAGUCAAUGCAAUUUGGAAAUAUUAAAAGUGAAGAAAAGGUAAAUGCACCAUACCGAGAAGUAAUUGGAAGAAUCAUGUACAUAAUGCUAUGCAGCAGACCCGAUAUGUGCUAUGCUAUAUCUGAAUUAAGCCGAUACCAAGAAUCUCCAACUAUUGUGUAUUGGCAGGGUGUUAAACGGUUGGUGAGGUAUUUAAAAUCAAGUUUAAAUAUGGAAUUAUUAUACAAGAAAAAUGUAAGUGAACUGCCAUUAGUUGGCUUUGAUGAUGCUGACUAUGCCGCUGAUGAACGAACUAGGAAAUCAACAAGUGGAUAUUUGUUUAAAGUUUUUGGAAAUACUGUUACAUUGACAUCAAAGAAACAACAAGUAAUCGCAUGUUCAACAACCGAAGCGGAGUAUCUGGCGUUGUCUUUGGCGGUGCAAGAAGGUGUUUGGUUGCGCGAUUUAUUGUCAGAUCUCUAA